UCUCUUAGUUCCUUUGUAUAAUUAAAGUUGAAAGGAAUACAUUCAGUAUUUUUUAUUCUAUAUGCUACCGUUACCGCUAAUAUUUAUUUAAUUUAACAAAAUGGAAUUAAAACUUAAGCUGUUCUUAUACUGCUUGUCUGUGUGUUCACACAGUUUAGUUAACGGGUCAGUUCUUAGGGAAGUUGAAAAGAAUAUGAUAGGUAGUGAUGGUAGACCUUUAACCAUCAAGGCUUAUCCUGCUGUUGAAAAUUACCAAAGUGAUCUUUAUGAAGUGUUUCAGGAACCUUUCAAUUUUAACAUAAGGCAACAAGCAGCUGUAGUAGUUUUAACAAGCGAAUCAGAUGAAGCCAUCAAAGGAGAGAUAAUUUUCCUUCAAAAACAUCCACCUGGCGGUCCAAUUUUCAUAAGAGGCAACAUAACCGGACUUUCGGAAGGCAAGCACGGUCUUCAUAUCCAGCAAGCUGGAGAUCUAAGAGAAGGUUGUGAGAAGUUGGGAGGACAUUUUAAUCCAUUCCUGCUUCACCAUGGAGGUCCAAGAUCUCCCAUACGCCAUGUAGGAGACCUGGGAAAUAUCGAAGCAAAAGAAAAUGGCGUGGCAGAAAUUGUAACAAUUGAUCCCCUUAUCUCCCUUUCCGGAGGCCCAAAGGGAAUCGUGGGAAGGGCGUUAGUGGUAACUGAAAAUGAAGAUGAUUUGGGUCAAGGAGGAAAUGCUAAUAGUCUUGUAGAUGGUAAUGCUGGGAAACCUGUCGCCUGUGGAAUAAUUGCUUAUAUUAGAUAGAAAUAAUUGUGAUAAAAGCUUUAUAUAAUUUCUUCCUAGAGCAUUCAAUUUAAAAGUUUGCGUCUUAAUGUGUACUCGGCCUAAAAAAUGACGAUGAUAUUCUAUUUUUACAUACUAUUUUAUCGUAACAUCGCUUACUCACGUUAUAGUUGAUAAGGCGAAUCUUAUCUACAGGUAAACUUAUUGUAUGAUAAUUGGUUUUUAAUUAAAAAUUUGAUAAUCCAA